CGGCGCUCGAGCGGCAGCAUGCUCAGCGCAACGACGAGGUGCUCGCGUUCGCUGCCCCGACGGCGGAUUCCUCUCGCUUCACAUCCUCCACGAUAUCAGCUUUCUUGUAGCUGGCAACGCCGAUGCGCGUCCACCACGCCCAAGGUUGAGGAAGCAGCAGCUUCCACUUCCGCGUCGCCCGACGCGAAAGGCAAGGGCAAAGCACCGGACACCCCAGCAACGGAGCAAGAGCCAGAAACGAAGAAGAAGGCCGACGACGCGUUACCGUUUCUACAACGACCCCUCGGCGUGCGCGAGCCGCCCUCGACGCUCGCGCGGUCGUGGGAGCAGCGCCGCGCCGACCUGCUCGACCAGGACAAGCGGCUCGCGAAGCGGCAGCACCUGAUCAAACAGGUUGGCACCGGCUACUGGUCCGACUUGAACGCGACGCGGCGGCACGGCGGCAAGACGUGGAUCGCGCCGCGGGUGCUCAUACGGGAAGACAAAGCGCUCUACUUUCCGGACAUCGCCGGCACGGCGCUCGACUCGGGGCAGAAGGUGCACACCACCGCGCUCCUGACCGGCAAGAUCUCCGUCGUCGCCAUGCUCAACACGCGCAUGUCCGAGAUCCACGCCUCGGCCUUCGCGGACCCCUCGAACGCGCUCUUCCUCAGCCACCCCUCCUACCAAUACGUCCAGAUCAACCUCCAAGAAAACCUGCUCAAGUCGCUCCUCGUCUCGCUCUUCCUCUCCUCCAUCCGCAAGACCGUGCCGGCGCACCUCCACGCGGGCUACAUGGUCAGCAGUCAGAAUAUGGAGUAUCUCCGGGACGAGAUGGGCAUGGUCAACAAGCACAUUGGGUAUGUGUACCUCGUGGACGACAAGUGCCGGAUCCGCUGGGCGGCGUGCGGCGACGCGAAGGAGGAGGAGACCCAAGGUCUGGUUGGCUGCGCGCGCGCGCUGUUGACGCGGAUGGAUCGGGAGAAGGCGGAGAGGGCGGAGAAGAAGAAGGCGGAGGCGCAGAAGGGCCCAUAGCAACCCCCCCCCCGGGGGUGCCAUUCGGUGUCGUGUCGAUCUGUCGAUGCUUAUUUUAUUGCC